ACGUUUGUCGCUGAGAAUAUUGCCUGCUGUUAAACAGUAUAGUUCAUUGUAAAUGAUUUGAAAUAGAUUGCACUGAAGGAAAAUGAUUACUUGAAACAACCAUGUGGGCAUCAAGAAACAAGGAGAUGAUGCCCCCUACUCAGGGGGGUCCUCCAACAAAGGAUGAGAUCCUCAGUACUCUGGACAGCUUUGGGGACAAGACAGUACAAGAGAAAGAAAACAACAACAAUCAACAACUAAGUAGACCACAAAGUGACAGCAGCUUUGAUGAUUGGGAAAAACCAGAUCCUCCCAAUGCUAGCUUCUCCAAUUCCUACAGUUUUGAGUGGGAGAAGUUAUUCAAGAGGAAGAACUACCGCAAGGAACUGAGAAGUUACGCAAUGAAUGGCCAUCUACGCAGCAGCCGAUUUCGCAGCGUGUGCUGGAGGGUUUUUCUGGAUGUACUGCCAGAGGACAUAAAGCAAUGGAAGAACAGCUGCAAGAAAUCCAGAAGUAAAUAUACAGACCUAAAAGAUCAGUUGAUUGUCAAUCCAAGAAAAGCAGUUGAUUCAAGCAGCUCAGAUUUAGUAGUCAACAAUCCACUCUCCCAAGCUGAUGAGAGUCCAUGGAAUCAGUUUUUCUUGGACAAUGAACUGCGACUGACCAUCAAGCAAGAUGUCAUUAGAACGUACCCUAGGAUUGCAUUCUUCCAGUCAAACCAAGUGCGGAAUUUAAUGGUGGACAUCUUGUUUAUUUAUGCUAAACUAAAUGCUGAUACUUCGUACCGACAGGGAAUGCAUGAACUGCUGGCCCCCCUGAUCUUUGUCUUACACUGUGAUCAUCAAGCUUUUCUACACGCUGCUGAGGUGGAAACUUUAGGGCAGAUUAAUGCCCCAGACAGGGAUAUUGUGAAAGAGGUCAUGGAUCCUGCAUAUUUAGAGCACGAUGCUUAUGCCCUGCUGAGUCAGAUCAUGCGUACUGUGGAACCUUGGUAUAACUCAAAAGACCUUCCUGUAUCUAGGGGUAGAGAAAGGGUCAACUCCAUUCCAUUUGCCCGUCCUAAAGACCUGAACUCAUCUAGUGCCAUUGUCACCAAGCUGACACGAAUACAAGACUACAUCCUGAAGAAGUUUGAUCACGAGUUACACGGCCAUUUAGAGAGGCUAGAGAUUGCUCCACAGAUCUAUGGAAUACGUUGGAUAAGACUGCUGUUUGGUCGGGAAUUCCCCAUGCAGGACCUCCUAGCUCUGUGGGAUGCUAUAUUUGCUGAUGGAGUUGGAUUUGAACUUGUGGAUUUUGUGUUUGUUGCCAUGCUACUGUACAUUAGGGACCUGUUACUGGCUAGUGAUUACCCACAAUGCCUUAAUUGCUUGAUGAGAUACCCACCAUUAGCAGAUAUCAACCACUUGAUUGAUAAUGCCCAAUAUCUUAGAGAACCAAAGCACCACCCCCGGCCUCCUACCUAUACCUACAAUACAGUGAACAAUGCAAAGUCUCCUGUCACGCAGAAACCACCACCUAAAACCAGCUCAACUCCCACUAGCACCAGUACUAACAAACACCAAAGGAGUGGGAGUCUGACCUCCAGCUUUUCUGAAUUCUCACGCAAAAUGAGACCUAAAACUUUACAGAUGGAUGGAAACAAGCCAUCAAUUUACAAAUCUUCUAGUGUUCCUAUGAACUUGCAGACAGACAUUUCCCCAGGUACUCCCCAGUACCCUCAGCACAAGAGAGGGUCAUCAGCUAGUCUCUCCCAAGUAGAGGACUCCAUGUUUAAACAAACACCAUCACCUAGCAGUAUGGCUCGGCUGGAAACUGCCAAUGAUAGAAUUGUGAAUACCACUGCUUACAGCUCAGAUGAAAGUCCGUUGAAUGGAAAUGUUGCUAGAUUCUCCACACUGCCAAACAUGAAGGCUAAAGGAAAGAAAAUUUCUAAACAGGUUGCUGAGUUUGAGCACAGGAUUGGUGAACUACAAGGGCAGAUCAAUGAGAAGGAGUCCAUGUCACUUUAUUGUGCUAAUAAGCUUGAUGUGCAUAUCGGUCGAUUGCAGACUGAGAUUUUGAAGCAGUCCUUGGAGAAUGAAGAUGAAAUAUUAUUAGCAAUAGCUGGAAUAAAACAGGUCAGAGAUGUCUUAAAAGGAACUCUGAGAUUCUCCCAAAUGGAGGAAGAAGACCUGAAAGUCCGAGAUAACUACUAUGAGACGGAAAAUAAUUCCUCCCCCGAGACAACUCAGCAAGAGUCACGAGAGAGGCAGAGGACAGGAUCUAACACAAAGAGAUUUUUCUAUAUGAGCAGUGAAGAAAACUCGGAAAAUGCUGAAUCCCCUUCUGAGGCCCCCAUUCCUGCAGUGACCUCACGGAAGGGAUCAAUCAGGAAAGAGGCUCAGAUUACCAAGGAAGACAGGAGAGAAUUUGAACUGAGUGACUGUGUUCCGACCGGGGGAAGAAAGACAGGAGCAAGUGGAAUUCAAUCUGUUGAUGUCACAGAAAAAACUCACCCAUUAGAAAAUAGUCCAAAUCCCCUGUAUAACUAUAGCUGUUCAGUAGAUUCUGUGUGAUUCAAGUUAGUAAAAUGACUGUCAAAAGAAGAAAUUUCUGUGUAUAGUAAAUGUUUGGUAAAAUCUGUGCAAUUUAAAAUUAGUUAUUAUCAGUUUAAAGCAAAUUCGCUUGAAUUGUAUGGAUGAUUAAUCACAUCAUUAAUAACUUAUUUGAUUUCAAUGAUAUUUUUUCAAACAAUGAAUAUUGUUAGAUUAGACACAUCCAUAAUGAUUUCUGUAAUCCCCUAUGAUGUAGACUCUUAGGACAUUCCAUGCAUUUGAAAUCCAUGUAGUUUGACCAGAUGUUCAUCAACAUCUCUUUUCUCUUUUUAUUAAUCUCUGGGUAAAUAUACGUCCACAUUUAAAUUGAAAAUGUUGAAAGAAUAAUGGACACAAUUUUUUUCCUUCUUCAGUAAUAUUCAGUUUUAGAAUAUCAAGUUUCCAUUAGUGCAGACCCUAAAUGAGAAAUAUGUCAGCAAUGUCACAAUCACAUGUGCCUACUGUAUAUUUAAAUAAAUUCUGUCAGUAUUUAAUUCCCACCAUACAGCUUUCAAUCAUACAAGUUUUCCAGUUUUCACUCCCUUCCUCAGACAAUCAGACUUCAUGUAAAAAAAAAAUUGUGUAUACAAAAUAUUCUUCAGUAAUGCAUUCAUCCAUUUUUUUCUCAUUUUAUUACGGGUUAAAAUAAUUUCAGCUUGGGUCUCAAUUCU